UGUGUUUGGCUUUGUUUUUAUGGCUCAGAGCCCCUGCUCAGUUCUCUCCUGCGUCGCAUGCCAGACCUGGAGACUCUGGAGAUCCUGAAGUUGGUGAACUGCCCCGAGACCUUCACCCCAGACAUGAGGUGCAUCAUGGGCGAGUCUCCUUCAGUUCAGGGCUACUUUGUGCUGGCGGGAAUGAACUCUGCUGGCCUUUCAUUUGGUGGAGGGGCUGGAAGGUACCUCGCUGAAUGGAUGGUGCACGGUUACCCAUCCGAAAACAUCUGGGAGCUGGACCUGAAGCGUUUUGGAGCCCUCCAGAGCAGCCGCACCUUUCUGCGCCACCGGGUCAUGGAAGUCAUGCCUCUGCUGUACGAUCUGAAGGUUCCCCGUUGGGACUUCCAGACCGGGAGGCAGUUACGCACCUCUCCUCUCUAUGACCGGCUGGAUGCACAAGGAGCCAGGUGGAUGGAGAAACAUGGAUUUGAGAGGCCGAAGUACUUUGUGCCACCAGACAAGGACCUCCUGGCAUUGGAGCAGAGCAAGACGUUCUACAAGCCAGACUGGUUUGACAUUGUGGAGUCUGAAGUCAAGUGCUGCAAAGAAGCUGUGUGUGUCAUUGACAUGUCGUCUUUCACAAAGUUUGAAAUAACAUCCACCGGGGACCAGGCGCUGGAAGUCCUACAGUACCUCUUCUCCAAUGACCUGGAUGUGCCCGUGGGCCACAUCGUGCACACCGGCAUGCUCAACCAGGGUGGGGGCUAUGAGAACGACUGCAGCAUCGCGCGCCUGGGCAAGCGCAGUUUCUUCAUGAUUUCCCCCACCGACCAGCAGGUCCACUGUUGGGCCUGGCUUAAGAAACACAUGCCGGAAGACAGCAACCUGCUUCUGGAGGACGUCACCUGGAAAUACACCGGUAAGGGGGCCCUCUGGGGUCAGCUGCACAGGAAAAGGCCAGCCUGUCCAGAUUUGUCUUCUCCAUUUGCCUUCUAUUUGACAUUCAGAAAUGGGGGUCAGAGUGAGAGGCGUGCAAGAGGUUUUCUGGUCGCACAACAUUGAUCUCUAAUACCCCCGUUUUUGUCAGUGAGGUGUGGAGUGAGUUGUGCUUUAGUUUUGGUUUGUUUUGUUCACUGCUAUAUCCCCU